UUUUAAAGCGCGCCGGCGCCAAAGGUUGAGCAGUAAAUGAACGGUGCUGCUGCAGUGUUGAUAAGUACAGUGUCUGCUCAGCUGAUCGGGACUCAAUACUCAACAGCCGGCCCUAGACAUGGAGGAGGGACAACCUAAACCAAGGAUAAAUGGAUCGAUGUUGCCUAAGUUUCAAGGAAGUGAAGUUUGUUUGCUUGGUCGGGUAAAAGAAAUUGAUCCCAAUGGAACCUCAUUUGUGCUGGGACUCAGUGAUGGUGUAGAUGUUCAAGUGCAGCUGCAAGAUCCUCUUCAGGAUAUGAUUGAAGGCAUGACGGAGGUCAUAGGUCACGUCUCUCAAAACCCAAGAGUCAUUAAUUCUUCACAAUUCGUAAACCUUGGAGAAAUGGACUUUGAUAUGACACUGUACGAUGAAGCUGUCAAGAUCACACACGAAUUCCCUAAUUACUACUUGCAAGGCAGUACUGCUCAGUGAACAUUCCAGAGCUCAUCACAGAAGAGUUAGCUACAAUCCCAAUCAGCCAACAUCACAUUGGCCUUUCCACAAAGGACUGUACUUAUCAAUUUUGAGCCAUCAGACUUCGGAAUUCCACAUUGACCACUUGCCCCAGACUGUGAUCUCACAUUUUCAUGUUAACUUUAAAAGUUUACAUGUUAAAGUUUUUAAGAUUGCUCUGUCCGUGCUAUUUUAGGGUAUCACUCUGAACAAUAGAAUUGUUUUCUUUUUCAAAUGCUGUUUCUCUAGCAAGGAAUAAGAUAUUGACCAAACACAUCUGUCCGUAUUUUAGUUAUUGAAUAAUUACAAAUUGACUUGCGGCCCAACAAUAAAUCAGUUCUUGCAGGAGCAUAUUGCUUAAAACAAAUCUCAGCACUGACAGUAUGUUCAGAAUGGGCAGUUUCUUUUGAGGUUUCGCAUUGGGAAGACUGCGAAUCCAGUGAACGCAGAGCACAAAAAGACAGCAAACGUUAAACACAAAGUGAAAGCACAAACGGGAGAUUUAUUUUGAUGAUAAUCUGAAGCAUUUUAGAUUUUAUUACUCAGUAUCGAAAUUUCGAUAUGAUUAAAAGAAUUGCUAUCAGUGAUAUCGAUAUCAAAAUAAUAUUGAAUAAUAGAGUAAUAUUGAUAUACCGACGGUGCUGGGGGGGGGGGGGGAACAAUGUCUGUAUUUUGUCCAGAAUUUUCCAAAACAUAUGUAGCGCAAAGCUUUUCUUCACAUGUAAAGUAUGUGUGUCAUUGCAGCAUGUAAAUAUAUGUCCCUUUUUAGAUACUGUUACUCUUUUCCCCACAUGAACAUACUGGAAAAGUUAUGUAUAGAGAGUAUAUCUCACAUUGCUGAUUGGUACAUGUAGGUACCAACCAGCAAUAAAGCUAACUUAACACAUUAUUGGAGACGUCUUAUAAGAGAUGUCUUAUAAAAUCCAAACAUACUGUUUCCAAGACUUUCUAAAUGACUGCAACGGUUGCAAAUCUUGCACAUGUAGAUGCCCCAAGCUUUUCCAAAUGUCAAACUUAAUUCCAAUCUUCGGAAGACUGUAUGCAUAACGAAUAAAGAAAAAUUGUGUGAUUACAGUAACCAAACCUACCUGAAUUUUUUUUAACGUCAAAUUGUCGACCUCAAAACUUUUCAUUGGCCAAAAUUUUUAAAAUGACGUAUAGUUUGAAAAUAAAAAAAAAUUUCCCCAUGAAUUGCACAAUAAUUUUAUUACACUAUAAAAUUGGGCCUUUAAAUGGUUCUCCAGAUACUGUGCGCCUUAUAAAUUAUCUGUUAUUAAUAUUAUUAUUACACUAUAACACAGGUUAAUUAAACAAUACUGUCUAUGGUACCCUAAAAUAUACAAAGUACAUGUAUAAGGACCGACAGACAAACAU